AGGGAAGUGAGGUCACGCAGUAUGGCGGCUGGGAGCCGAAGCGGCUAAGGGGACGGUCUUGCGCGGAAUCCGCGUCCAUCCUUCCCGGGAGCUGCGGCGACGGUGCUGCCUGUCUCGCUAGUAUCGAGCGGCUGGACCAAAGCCGCGAUGGCAUCAGGAACCGCAGGGCUGUGAGGCAGCGGAGCUCGAGCUGGCAGGGCGGGCAGAGCAGCAGGACCGGGUCGCGGACGAACCGAGCUGCCUCCAUGGAGCUGAGGGUUGGGAACCGGUACCGGCUGGGCCGGAAGAUCGGGAGCGGCUCCUUCGGGGACAUCUACCUGGGAACUGAUAUCGCUGCCGGAGAGGAGGUUGCAAUUAAGUUGGAAUGUGUGAAAACCAAACAUCCUCAGCUCCACAUCGAGAGCAAAAUCUACAAAAUGAUGCAGGGUGGAGUGGGUAUUCCCACAAUUAAGUGGUGUGGAGCUGAAGGGGACUACAACGUAAUGGUGAUGGAGCUGUUGGGACCGAGUCUUGAAGAUCUCUUCAAUUUUUGUUCAAGGAAGUUUAGUCUCAAGACAGUCCUAUUACUUGCUGACCAAAUGAUUAGUCGAAUUGAAUAUAUUCACUCUAAGAACUUCAUCCACCGAGACGUGAAGCCAGAUAACUUCUUAAUGGGCCUGGGGAAGAAAGGCAAUCUUGUCUACAUAAUAGACUUUGGAUUAGCAAAGAAGUAUCGAGAUGCUCGAACUCACCAACAUAUUCCGUAUCGUGAAAAUAAAAACUUAACAGGAACUGCCCGUUACGCGUCCAUCAACACUCAUCUCGGAAUUGAGCAAUCUCGCAGAGAUGACUUGGAGUCCUUGGGCUAUGUACUGAUGUAUUUUAACCUGGGCUCCCUCCCCUGGCAGGGACUGAAAGCAGCAACAAAGAGGCAGAAAUACGAACGUAUCAGUGAAAAGAAAAUGUCUACACCCAUUGAGGUUUUAUGUAAAGGAUAUCCUUCUGAAUUUGCCACAUACUUGAAUUUCUGCCGUUCUUUGCGUUUUGAUGACAAACCAGACUAUUCCUAUCUGAGGCAAUUAUUCAGAAACCUCUUCCACCGACAAGGGUUCUCCUAUGACUAUGUGUUUGACUGGAACAUGCUGAAAUUUGGUGCAAGCAGAGCAGCUGAAGAUGCUGAACGUGAAAGACGAGAAAGAGAGGAAAGAUUGAGACAUACACGAAAUCCAGCUGUGCGUGGAUUACCCUCCACUGCUUCUGGCAGGCUGAGAGGAACACAAGAUGUAGCUCCUCCUACUCCUCUUACCCCAACUUCACAUGCUGCCAACACCUCUCCUCGGCCAGUAUCUGGUAUGGAACGAGAAAGGAAAGUGAGUAUGAGAUUGCAUCGGGGCGCCCCAGUCAAUAUCUCGUCGUCUGACUUAACAGGUCGGCAAGAUACCUCUCGCAUGUCAACUUCGCAGGUGAAUUUUCCAUGUUAACUUCUAAUAAAGGAGGAAAAUACAGGGAACUUCGUGUAGCUACAGGUGGGUGCGAAACAUUGUGUAGCUCAUUGGAUUUUAAAUUCACACACUUACAUUUGGCAACGAAUUAUUUAAAAGUGCAUUGAGAGCCACUUGUAUGUUAACUGGAAGAGUAUGUGCUGAUGUUGUCUUGUUUUUUGGCUUUGGUAGAUUCCUGCUCGGGUAACUACCAGUGUUCUCCAGUCUGCUGUGCACCGAUGAAAAUUAUUUUGCCAUGGAGGGCAGAUAAUGCAUGGCUGAUCUCCUAUGUUACCAAUGGCUUUACUAGCAAAAAUACCCUAAACUAGAGUGGAAACAUUACAAUUGGAGUUCUCCAUGUGACUUAAAAGGCACUUGGAGGAACAUGGACAGACUCCAGCAGCUGCCAUUACAGGACGCUUUUGCCAGAAACCCAAUGACCUUAAGAGAACCCUGUGGUAUCAGGGCUGGAAAAGAAAGAUGGUUUACAGAGUUGACCGCCUGUUAUCGGAUGGCCAUUUCAGUUUUACCUCCACAGGCGGCAGACUUUACCCCCUUUUUAUUAUUCUACUGUAACUAUAAAUCUUUUACUUGGUUUAAGAAAGUUUUUUGUAUCAUUUUGCUAAAAUUAUUGGCUUAAUUCUCUGUAAAGAACUCUUGCUUUUGUCUGAUUUAAAAAUGUAGAAUAUAAACAAACCUAAACUAAAGGCAAUGGCUUGAAAUUUCUUGUUUAAAAAAAUUAGUCUGGCAGGGAACAUGUAAAUGAAUCAAAACCAUCUGACUUUAUUUAAAAUGUUUACUUAUUUGUAUGGUCCCAUAUUGACUGAGACAGUUUUCUCAUGAAAUUUUUAAAACUUAGGAUUUUCCUUUGCUGUUUGCUGUCUUCAUUCACACUUAACAUUUAACUUUCCGUGUAACACAAAUUAAUUUUUAAUACUCGUUCUUUUACAUAAAAGAACUAAAUACCCUGCAGGAGAGUCUAAGUAUAGUAGAGACGGUGAUAAUGGAUUUCUUUUUUUUUUUUUUUUGUAAAGAAUAAGAAGGAUAAAGUGAAAGACACUGGCAUUUGAGGGAUUUAGAAUUUGAAAGCUUGUCCUAUCUCUCUGCUUAGUUUGGGUAAAUGGAUAGUUUCAAACAUUGUUUUUAUUGGUAAAAUUUUGUUUCCUGCACUCUGAGGCUGGUUAGCUUGGAGGGUGUUGCAAGUGGAAAAUACACGUUGCUACUGAGUCUUCAGUGAAUUUGCACGUUUCAUUCAGCAUCUACAUGUUUAAAAAUAAAUAAAUAAAUAGAUUCAGGCCUUCUGUUUCAUGCCAAGACUCAAAAAAGGAAUUAUUAAAAAAAAAACCCAACCAAAAAAACCAAAACUAUUCUUGCUGUGAAAUCCUGAGAAUUUUUACAGUUCAGGUGCAUACCAUAUUUAAUUCUUAACUGUAUUCAACCUGAGUAUGCCCAGAAUCAUUAGCUAGGAAUGAAUGACUCAGCAUGCUUAGGUUGUCCAAAAAAACUGUUGCAGGUGGUGUUAGCACCUGUUGGUUACAGAAUAUGGGAGAUUCUUCACAUUGUUUGUUACUGUAAAUGGUCUCGUAAAAUAAAAGUAGGUAUUCUGUCCUCACAGUACUUGGAAUGGUAUCAGAAGUACUGUUUAUACUAGUAUGACUGAAGUAAUGGGAAGUUCCACGUUGGAAAUGAAAGUAUAUACAGAGAUUUUGUUUGUGAACAGUUAGGUAUUUUGAGAAAUUCUUCCCUGCUUGAAAACAAAUUUUUUUAAAGGCCUAUUGGUCUUCAAAGCUUUAUGAAGAGUAAUUUUUGUUGUUUCACUGCUUACAAAUUCUUUUUUGCCCCUCUCAAAAGUCCACAUAUUAAGUAUUAGUCACUCUUCUUUGGAUGUUUUCAGAACAUUAGCUACUUGCUUGUGUGUACUCUGAGUCUGACUGGGGAAAACUGUGUUUGGGGAGAGUAUAGUGGAAAAGCUUAAGAGUUUGAUCCAUGGAUAAGUUUGCAUAGGAGAAUUAUUUCCUUGGUUACUAUAAGCUUCAGUAUUUUAGGCAUGUGCACUACCAUUUGAAGAGUUUUACACUUCACUGUGCUUUCCUUGUAAAUAUCUGUGGUUAAUAAUGUACUGUUAGAGGGACUUACAAAGGCAGCCUCCUUAUUCUCUCUGUAUCUGGAACAUUAGAUUGCUGUACUAUACUUAAAAGUUGACUGCAGACUUCUAGAAUUGUACUCACUUGUGGGCAGUUUUUGUCCUUCAUAAUAGUUAAAUUCCAUCAUGCAGAAAAUAGUUAGACUGUCUAUAUAAACCUGUGUAUUGGAAACCAGUAUCUCAGAGCACUUCAUUUGUACUACCACUGUAUUUGUGUACCUUAACAAUUGUGUAAAUACAUUCAUAAUAACUUC